AUGAACAGGCAUCACGGUAAAAAGUGCAAGAACUUCAAACGAAAACUUUUCCCUGCGGAAGUACCGAUUCGCGAGGCAGAGAGAGAGUUUCCUUUGGCAUUUCUCCUUACGGUAUACAAGGACAUUAAUCAAGUGGCGCGACUACUGCGCCUCAUAUAUCGGCCACAAAACUUCUACGCCAUUCACGUGGACAAGAAGUCCUCACCCAUGUUCUACAAGGCAGUCCAAGAAGUUGCAAAAUGCUUUGGGGACAAUGUUGGCGUAGUUCCUCGGAGCGAAUGUGUUAACGUCACCUGGGGAGAAUACACGGUCCUCGAGCAGGAGCUUGUUGCUGCGCGUCUGCUGCUCAAAAUGGGGAAAUGGAAGUAUUUGAUAACUUUGACUGGCCAGGAACUACCUCUGAAGACAAAUCUGGAAUUAGUACUAGGUCUCAAGGCGCUCAACGGCUCAAACAUCGUCGAUGCUAGCCUCAAACUUCGGGACGAGUGGCAAAUCCCUAAAGUCAACUUAUCUUUUCCGGUAAGUAAACAAUAUUUCGAAGUAUUAUUCAUAAUACUUUAAUUCGACUUUGUAGCAUUUUUCAUGAUAGUUAGUGAGACCAAGCUUCUUCCCAGUGUCUUUCAUUAGCAGUUACGUCUCUUAUAACUUCACUCAUAUUUAAGAAUGCUUGUUCCUUUGCUUAAGUAAAGUGGUGACGACUUUCAAUAAACAACAGGAUGCCCCGCAUUCUGUUAUCCUUGGAGCCCAUUUUAACCAAACCCAACCUGGAUAUUUGCUGAUUGCAGCAUCUCAAGCUUGAAUCCGGUCGGAAUGCAGCUUGGGUUUGAAAAGGGAAUUGUCCCAUUUUUGGAACGCCGAAGCACGUUAUGCAGCUGUUCCAUGUAUAUCUUUACUACAUGUUCUCAGAUGAUCUGUGUGGGGCAUACAAAUCGCCCGCCGAAAAGGCAAACCCAAAUGUGCCUAACCUACAGGAGCCAGAAUAAUACAUUUUUCUGAUAAGUUAAAUGAAAAAUCCCAAAAAAUCUCCUCUUUAGACGUGAAAGUAGCGAGAGACCCUAUACUUGUGCAGUACCUUUUUAAAUGAAAAAAUACUCGCUGUAUAUGUCUCGCUCAAACUAAUUCGAGCAAUGCCUAACAAACAUGCAAAAAUGUGCCCAUAAAUGGUAUACAUAUAACUUUCGCAUAAGCGUUUGACCGUUACUGUUGUCGUUUGGAUCUUCAGUCAGUAUCAGUAUCAGUCCGUACCGCAUAUUCCAGGCGCGGUCGCACAAAUGUCCCAUAUAUUUUUCCAAAGACAUCUGUACUCAAGUGAAUAAACGUUCUGCGUAUCGCGCUGCGACUUUAUAACACUGCGUGGUGACGCUUAGAUAGUCUUUAAUGAAUACACCGAGAUCGUUUUGCACAUCUACGGUUUUAAGUGAUUGAUUGUCCAGGAGAUAGUGUCGUGGGGGUUCAUUUGUUCUUCGCCUCGCUGAUACUACGUGCAUUACUGCAGAUUUUUUGACGUUGGAUUUCAUGCACAAUUGCUCGCUCUAUGCGUGCAAAUCCUCUACGUCCUCUAGUAGUAUCUUGACGUCAUCUUCAUUUUUAUGGCUCUCCAAAGUUUAAGAUCGUCUGCAAAGAGCGCUAUAUCCGAUUUAACUUCCCGCACUAUUACAUUUACAUAGAUAAUGAAUAGGAGGGGCCCAAGAACUGACCCCUGUGGGACUCCGCUUGUAGCAGGUACCCAUUCUGAGCAGUAACCACACGCAGUGACUUUUUGUCCUCGAUCAUUUAGGAAAACUUGAAUUCAGUUCAGAAUAUUUCCUCUUAUCCCUACUUCUGACAACUUUGGAACGAGGCGCUUAUGUGGGACGCAUUAAAACGCCUUGCUGAAGUCGAAGUAAAUGACAUCUACUGGAUGUCCUUCAUCCAUGGCCUUUGACCAGUGUUCGAGUGACGUAAGCAGGUUUGUGAGGCAGGACCUCUUUUCGCAGAGGCCAUGUUGAACUGAGGUGGUGUGACAGCGGAAUGUAUCGAGUGAUGUUAUUGAUAUUUUAACUAUUUUUCCAUCAGUUUGCGGCAAAUGCAUGUCAGACUCACCGGUCGGUAGUUGGUGAGACAGAUUCGUGAUCCUCCCUUGUGGAUAGGCACGACGUUUGCCAACUUCCAUGUGUCAAGUAGUUGGCCAGCUUGCGGCGAAUUUUGGAAGAUUAUAGAAAGUCGUUUUGCUAAUUCUUCAGCUAGCUGACGUAUUAGUAUACCUGGGAUCUCAUCUGGUUGAUUGGAAGGUUGUCCAGCAUUCGCUGACAUCUCCUCGUAAUGCUUCCGUCCAUAGUGUGUGUCCAAACUCUAAAUUCAUCGAUUUGAAUUUACCCCAGCCAGACAAUUCUUAACGACUUUGAGCUUUGUUCGCGGACAGCUACGAGUGUCGUUUCCCAAAUUUAUGCCAUGUGAUCACAAGAACCUAGGGGCGGGUCCACAUUUAUUUCAUCAACGCUUACGACGUUCUUGGUAAACAGUUAGUCUAGGAAACUAGCCCUCUGACCUUCACGCAUCCGAGUCCCAGUUCGAGCAUCUUGAAACAGGAAUCCAUCAAAUGCCACGUCUAAUAGCAUUUGGUCGAAUCCUCGUCUGUGGCCCUUAACUGUCAUAAGGUCCCAGUUAUUCCGCGGAGCUUUGAAAUCUCCUACAAUAAUAAUGUUUUGUUUUUGACUGUCCUCGCGGAGUCGAGUAAUUAACGCUUGACCUUCGUCGACAGGUUGGUUUGGAGACCUAUAUACAACGGUAACAGUAACGGUUUCGGUUUUCGGGACCACCAAAUGACACUGUAGAAUCUCCAGAUCAUGCUCAUUUACACAUUCUUCAACAGGGUUAUAUUCGAUCGCAUUGCUGAAAUAUAGGGCAACUCCUCCACCUCGCUUUUUGGUUCGGUCUCGUCUUAUCACCUGAUAACCAUCUAAGUGUAUUUGGGGUCUGUGACAUCUGGGUGGGCCACGUUUCAGUUAAUGCAAUAAAAUCAGGCCAUAGUUCGGCUACAAUUACUUUAAGUUCGUCGAGUUUGUUUAAGAGGCUUUGUACAUUUCUGUAGAAGAACUUAAUUUUACGUAGGUUGUUGCUUCGAAUUAGUUGCCGGGCUGUGUAGCCUUUAUAGGUAUGACAGGCGUCCUCCACAGGAGAUGUUUUUGUCGUCGAACAAUCACUCCGUUCUUUAUUACUAGUCCCUUCCCUCCUUGUCCUUUCAAGGUCGCCAGGUCCGCCGUCAGCGUCCUCCAUUUCAUUCUCUUUUGUAAUGAGUAAUCCGGUUGGAAAAAAGACCUCUAUGGCCAGGGACCCUCCCUACUUUUUGUUCAAGUAGAAGAGCUCUCUGGAGUUUAUUUUCUAAAACUAUCUUUAAAGGUCUUGGUUUUGCCGCUUGAGAGCUCGCGCUAUCUUUACUGUUUAGUCGGAAAAGUUUAAGAAUUUGUAUGGUUUCAUUUUCUUUUAUUAUGCUACCCAGACACUUUUGCAAGGUCAUGAUAUCACCAUUUAUCCUACAUCUGGGGUUAUCGUUGGUUGAUUCACGAAGUUCAUGGAUGACUAUGCAUUGUGAUCUGUCCACAGAACCUCUUUCCGACGAGUUCUGUUAGAUAAUUGGUCUGACUGAUGAUGAGACUUCCCCAAUUUGGGCUUCGACGUUAGUUGCAUGAAUAUUUAUGAGAGUAUGUACUUCCACUCCCACUUUGUGUUCAUUUUUAUUCGGUCUUGUGUUUGUCGACGCUGCUUUAAAAUUAGACUCAUGAGGUGCGCAUACUGUCUGGGGACUGUUUUCCGCUUUCGUCGGUCCAUCUUUAUCAUUUUCAUGCUCGGCCCUCGGUUUCCUUCCUGGCGAGGCUGAAACCCUCGCCUUCGGAUUUUUGCUACCUUUCUCCAUAGCCUUUCCUGUCGUCCUUUUCUCAUUCUUUACUGAUUUUAGAGGUUUCACGUCACCACUGAUUCCAUCCUGUCCGUCAGCUAGCCUGCUAACGACGACGGAUAAUGUUGCGCUAAGAAACUCACUAAGAGCGCAACAGGCCAGACGUAUUAGUAUACCUAACCUCAUUAGACCUUAGAGGUACUGAUGAUUGUUAACGACCGUGGAACAGGUAUCUGAGCCCGGCCUCUUUCGUAUGCACGGUGACGUCAGUAGAGCAGCUGCUGGGAAGUAUCAGACAUCUAGAAAUAAAUCCAGACGGGAUGAUGGAAUCGUUUGACGUGGUCUCCUUAUUCACCUCCAUCUCAACCGGCCUUGCCACAAGCACCAUUGACGAGCGUCUUCAUGGAUAGUUCCAUGAAAUUGAUCAACGAAUUAGACGAACGCACGUCAUCGAGCUCCUGGAAUUGUACCUCAGAAUUUUCUUCACUUUCAACAACCGGGUUUACAAUCAUAAGAAGGGAAUGCCGAUGGGUUUCCCGCUGUCUGGGUCGAUUGCCGAGGCUGUUCAGCAGAGUCCUGAACCACUGGUCUUCCGUUCCUGCUCUCCAAAAUUCUGGGCCGAAUACGUCGACGGUACAUUUGUCGUAAUCAAGAGGAACGACGUUCAGGACUUCAAUGUCUUGUUGAACUCAAUAUUCUUCGACAUGCAAUUUAUAAUGGAAGAGGAGAAAAACAGCCAGUUGCCCUUCCUUACCGUAAACGUCACAAGGAUAGCUAUUGGGGGAUCAGAACUGCGUUAUGCCGAAAGGCAACGAAUUAUAGACGUAUCCUCCAAUUCCGAAUAACCACCCCUUUGGCUAAGGACGCCGUUGUGUCAGAAAUCUUUUCCAACGAGUUCAAACAUACUGUAGUGACGACGACGGGAGACGGGGGGAAGCGAAAUAUCUACAUUCCCCAUUCACAGCCAAUGGUAACCCACGAUCCUUCACACGGUAGUGCCGAAAAGGGUGUGCGCGUGAGCAAUCUGACGAUGAGAAGCUGAAGUUCUGGCUCACGAUCCCUACGUGAAGAAUGGUUCUGAGGCGACAGUAAGAAUCCUUAGCCAACUUGGGAUUGGCGUGGCCCAUAAACCGGAAUACGUUACCAGGCAGCAGAUAAUGCGAUCCAAAGACCAGCUACAGACAACGGAAUAACCAGCAGUGAUCUAAAGCAUACCUUGCCAAAAUUGCAGUACGCAGUAUGUUGGUGAAACGGGCAAACGCCUCUGCAUAAGAUUACAUGAGCACCAGCCUGCAGUCAACCGCGAGUAUAUGCUGUCACUGGUAUAUGGUUACAUACAACAGGAGAAACACAGUCUCGCCUUUCUUGAAAGCAAGCGCCAUCGGCCGAGCCAGCGACAAGAUGGCCAGACUGGUUCUCGAAAGUUAGUCCUCAGUUGGUACAAUAAAUGAACCAUAGAUCUUCAUCCGAACUACCAGGCUCUGCGUGCGAGGCGCCAGUCAGUCCAGACGGGGCCGACAGCACGGGCGAAGAAAUCGCGGCUCUCUCAACAGUUGUCACCUUCAGAGCAGGUGGAAAAAGUCAACCGGCAGUCAGACGACCGACGCAAGCCAUCGGCCCACAAACGCACCCAAACAGUCGAACGUGAUUCGCACAUGCAACGACAGUUGAUCAGCCCAUCAGGUUAUGAGGGGAAGACCCACGUGUCCACGGACCUAGCGGCGACGACGACCGGUUAUGGGACAGAGGUUACACGUGCGCCCCAGCAGUCGGUUAAGCAGAGACCAAGGCCAAUCCCGGCCAGCAGGCAGGUCAGAAUUCGUGCAACAGGCAUGCCUAUAACAAGAGACGGUCGGUGGGAAGAACAAUUGUGGUCUAGCAGGAAGAACCGCCCCACCACUCUGCUAAUAAAAAAGAGGAAGGUUCCGAAACAUCAGCACCCAUACAGUAUGGCCCAUUGAAUCUCCUCCUUUUCAUCUUUGCGUUCUUUUGGGGAGGACGAGCCGGAUAUAUAUAUAUAUAUAUAUAUAUAUAUAUAUAUAUAUAUGAGGUGAAUAAUUUCGGAAAUUAAUCAGUGCAGAACUUGGAGGUAAAUCUCCGGGACAUGACUUUUUAGGGUCAGAACCGAAAUUUCAAUGAACAUUUGAGUCGAAGACAAUCAAGUACUGUGGAAUAAACACGUAAUGCCCAUUCUACAAACAAGUAGUACUACGAGUAGUAUGAAUUCCAUAUGGUAAAGGUAUUAUACCGUACUCCCGACCCAGAUACUUGCUAAAAGUCCAGACACGUGUUUCGCCGAUAUUCUGCCGCUGCGUGACACAGCUGCGAGGGGUUCGGCUCUUCAGUGGGAUCCCCAGCGUUCUCUAGCGAUUUCCGGUGUAUGAACUCCGGAGAAUAAUGAGGUGAAUAAUUUCGGAAAUUAAUCAGUGCAGAACUUGGAGUACUACUCGUAGUACUGCUUGUUUGUAGAAUGGGCAUUACGUGGUUAUUCCACAAUAGUUGAUUGUCUUCGAAUCAAAUGUUUAUUGCAAUUUCGGUUCUGACCCUAAAAAGUCAUGUCCCGGAGAUUUAACUCCAAGUUCUGCACUGAUUAAUUUCCGAAAUUAUUCACCUCAUUAUUCUCUGGAGUUCAUAUACCGAAAACCGCUAGAGAACGCUAUGGGUCCCACUGAAGAGCCGAACCCCUCGCAGCUGUGUCAGGCAGCGGCAGAAUAUCGGCGAAACACGUGUCUGGGCUUUAAGCAAGUGUCUGGGUCGGGAGUACGGUAUAAUACCUUUAAUAUAUAUAUAUAUAUAUAUAUACAUAUACAUAUAUAUUUAUAAAGGUGAAGUUCUUUGGGAAACAGGAAAAUUUUAUUGUGAAUUUUCGAGACUGGUUUCUCAGCUCGUCUUCAGACAACGGGUGUGCAAAAACAAUUAACUUUUAGACUGAGUCUAGCAAAAGCAGUCCAUGAUUGGUUAAGGUUGUCAUCUCGGGAUUGGCUGACCCAGUUUGAAUCCGUCCUUAACGAUUUUGUAUGUGGCAUCUAAAUCGAUAUGUCGGUUGAUGCAUGCCUCAUCUGAGUACAUUUCCUCCAGGAAUUCGCGGCCUUUUCUUGUUUGGCAGGCGCCAACAAUGCGAGUGUUCUCCCAUGCGAAUUUAUGCCCAGUAUCUAGUGUGUGCAUGGCCACCUGGGAUAGAUGGUCGCGUCUCUUCACCGCUAACCGAUGCUCAUGUAUACGGGUUGAGACAGAUUUCCCAGUUUAGCCACAAUAAACGGCAUCACAACUAGAACAUGGGAUUUUGUAGACGACACCUUUUCUUUCGAGGUAGCCGACCCUGUCCUUAGGGUCCACAAGCUGUGUGCGUAAGGUAGCUGCCGGCUGGUGUGCUACGUGUAUCUGAUACUUUUUCAAUUGUCUUUCGACAAGUUCAGAUAUAUUUUGACGUAGGGGAGAGUUCGCCAUGUGGUUUGUGUUGGUGCCUGAGUGGCCGUAGCAUUGGAAAUACCUUUUCCCUAGAGUUGCUGGUGCCUCAUGCAUUGACGUAUAAAGUCAUGCGGGUACCCAUUUUGGGAGAAGAGUUUGUAGAGGUAUUUCAUUUCUGCUUGAUAACUUGUUUCGUUAGAGCAGUGGGUUUUGGCUCGAUUCAGAAAGCUGUAGACUGUGCUCCGUUUGUGAGAGACAGGGUGGUUACUCUCAAAGUGUAGGAUGACCUCUGAAUAGGCCUCUUUGCGAUAAACUGAUGUCUGGAGGGAUCCAUCGGUUUUUCGACGUACAAGGACAUCCAGGAAUUGGAGUUGUCCAUCGACCUCUGUUUCCAAAGUAAAUGUAAAUCCUGGAAAUAUAGAGUUAAUAUUGGUAUGGAGCAGAUUCAACUGAUCUUUCUUGACGAUGACAAAAGUGUCAUCUACGUAUCGCAGCCGAAGUUUUGGAUUGACUGUGGGAAGGGCUAUGCUCUCAUAUUUCUGCAGUAAUGCUUCUGCCAGGAAACCGCAUUUUGGUGAACCCAUGGAAGCACCUAUUAAUUGCCGGUAGCAUUGAUUUGCCUGUUUUCCGGUGUUACCAACAUAAUUGGCCUGACCGCAAUUGCAGUCUAUGCGGUAAAUGACCCCCGAUUUCUGAUUUAUGGGAAUCGAUCAUAGGGCUGCAUGAGUUGCCGGCGGAUUGUGGAAAACAGGUCCGCACGAGAUUGCAUGACCAUGAAUUGGCCGUGAGACGGAAGGAUAAACUCUAUUUGGUAGCCGCCCACGCCUCCUCGCCAGGACACGCCUUUGACUUUGGGAGCGUGAGAAUACUAGGACAGUAGACAACCGAGUUGCGCGCCUGCUGUAGGAAGCGUGGCGCUCAACUGAGGACGCGAUUAAUCGACAUAUCGAUCUGCCAAUCGCCUAUCAAGCACUGCGUGAACAAAUCAACAGUGCAGCUAGAGGUCACCCCGGCAGAGGUGAGCUAAAUACACGACGAGCUGUACAGUUUUUUCAUCCCUUGACGAUGGGCACGCGUGAGAGUUCGAAACGUCGGAUAAAUAAACCAUUGGUCCCAGCGAUCGCUUUCCCGUCUUCUUCUAUAUACAUAUAUAUAUAUAUAUAUAUAUAUAUAUAUAUAUAUAUAUAUGGAAGAGGAGGAUGAGGCGACCUCUGGGGAAGAAGGUUUAUUCAUCUGACGUUUCGUGUUCAUGCUCGAGCACAUCUUCGGAGAUAGGCUAAGUGAGAAAUACAGGGUUUAAAUAGGCCAUCUGCACUCUCACCCGACAGGUUCGUCUCAUUCGCUUCUCGUUGGCCUCCCUCUCGCGUGUAGAUGGUGCCUGACGGCCUCGUAUGGCGCUGGCAAAUAGAUACUUCGGUUGAUAAAGUUCGUGUCUGAUUUCCAGGCCUCGAUCACUUCCCUCGCCAGUUUGCUUUCGGCUCGGCCGAGCACCUGGGCAUCUGGCCUCAUCCUCCUCUUCCAUAUUAACACCUGGGGUCAGCAUUUUUGCCUAUAUCCAUAUAUAUAUAUAUAUAUAUAUAGGGGACACUCACCGAUCGUUCAUACGGAACUCACUCGUUCCGUUGUGCCUUAUGGACUCUCUCUCGAGCCCAACCAGCAGCCGCACAGCGGCGCAUGAUAUAUAGGCAGAAUGGUAUUGCCGACAAAGACAAGGCAGACUGGAAUGGCCAUUUCUGGCUUAUUAGCCGUCGUCAGCUGGCCAUGCCAUUCUGCCUAAAUAUCAUGCGCCGCUGUGCGGCUGCUGGUUGGGUCGCGAGUUCGCGGCUCGGGUUUUCAACACUUCGGGCUUGGGUAUGGCUGGCUGACGACGGCUAAUAAGCAAAAAAUGACCAUUCCAUUCUCCUUUGUCUUUGUCAGUAGUACCAUUCUGCCUAUAUAUCUAUAUAUAUCAGGUGAAUAAUUUCAGAAAUUAAUCAGUGCAGAACUUGGAGUUAAAUCUCCGGGACAUGACUUUUUAGGGUCAGAACCGAAAUUUUAAUGAACAUUUGAGUCGAAGACAAUCAACUACUGUGGAAUAACCACGUAAUGCUUCAUUGAAAUUUCGGUUCUGACCCUAAAAUGUCAUGUCCCGGAGAUUUAACUCCAAGUUCUGCACUGAUUAAUUUCUUAAAUUAUUCACCUUAUUAUUCGCUGGAGUUCAUAUACCGGAAACCGCUAGAGAACGCUGGGGGUCCCGCUGAAGAGCCGAACCCCUCGCAGCUGUGUCACGCAGCGGCAGAAUAUCGGCGAAACACGUGUCUGGGCUUUUAGCAAGUAUAUAGGUCGGGAGUACGGUAUACUACCAUUAAUAUAUAUAUAUAUAUAUAUAUAUAUAUAUAUACAUAUAUAUAUCCCGUUCAUCAUCCCCAAAAGAAGACGAAGAAGAAAAAGAGGCGAUGCCAUGGACCACACUGUAUUGGUGCUGACGUUUCGGAAACAUCCUCGUUUCCAUCAUCAGAGUAGUGGUAUGGUUUUUGUUCCUGCUAGCUCAGAGUUGUUCUCUCUCGCCGCCUGUCUCGUGUUAUAGGCAUGCCUGCUACACGAACUCUGACCUGCCUGCUGGCGGGGGAUUGGCUUAGGUCUCUCCGUGACCGACCGCUGGGGCGCUGGUGUGACCUCUGCCCCCUGCCCUCUGUAAAAGUCUAAUCAUAGUUGUGUGCACGCAUAUAUGGUGACUUCCCUAGGCAAACAAGCUACAUAUAUGUGGCAUAGGUCAUGGAAUGACGACGAACUGCGAGGUCGAAUUUGGCCAAGUUAUAAUGUCAGCGGAGAGGAACGACAGAGAAUUCGCGUAAUUCGAUACUGUACUGUUUUGGGCUUACUUUGACUUAAUUAAGCCAUCCAAAAUCCUGACCAGCCGCUGUAACCAGAAACUAAGGCCUGUGCUUGUUCACAGUGCAGAUGGCCCACAGAGGGGUCAAGCAUAUGGGGCAUAAGCACUUCAUCGAAUCCACGUUCAUCAGUACCUCGCUACCUGCCAGUCUCUGCCGCUGCAGAUCCGGUAUUUAUUUUCUCAGGAAUGGGCGCAAACGGACUCAUUGGUUUUAAGGAAAAAAACAUAGGGGUUCAGGAACAGGCAAAAACCUAUUGUGCGUGUCAACCGUAUCCACGUAUACACAUGCAAAGGAUCAUUGCCGAAACUGGCAAGGGAGACUAAAUCCACCAGUUUGGACUCAUAUGUUUUCAUUAGAUAGCCAGAUCCGAUCCCAGUUUUUGAAAUUCCUGGGCCUCCUACCCGCGACCUGUUGUUUGGAAGUUAAUCUUUCUAGCUACUGCAUUGCGGGGUCGAUCCCUAGGCGAGUUAGGAAAAUAUGUUUGAUAAAUGUUCGACUCCCAUUCCCCAAGAUGUAAAUCAAGUGCGCUAUAAACUGUUUCGGAUACUACCUCUCCUCAAUGAUCAAAUUAUUUUAAUUGCAGUUUCAUCCGGUCCUGGUUUACUCAGCUUCACCACAUCCCUCGUUUGAUAAUCGUGACUGACGAAAAAACUUGGCUGCGCAUGGUUAAUAUGGUGCAAAAACGUUUGAUUCCAGUUUGUACAUGUAUGCCUCUUUAAAUAGUUAAGACAAAUUAGAGAUUUCAUCCCGUCCGGCUACCUUGAGCAUGGUCAUUGAUUAUGAGUUUAUAUGCACCCUUAGGACUCUGAAAUUAUUUAUUGUCUAUUACUCAUGAGGCAUUUCCUUUUGUAUUGUUACCUGAAACAAAGCUGACCUGGAUGAAGAAUGCAGAUCACUUCGUGCUGAAAAGAGAAUUUGUGGAGUUCAUGUUUAACGACAAGAGGGCUAUCGAGGUGACAGAAGCGCUGAGGCAGUUCUCGUAUAAGAAGCACCCCGAUGAACAGUUGUACGGAACCCUAGCCUACAAUGCCCAUUUGGGAGCCCCCGGUGCCUGUCGGAAACUACACGAGUUCGGUGAUGAGAACUUGGAUGUACUUCGCCUUCCGGAAAUAGUCCGUUACAAGAUCUGGAUGCCAACCCCAUGUCCUACCAAGUACGUCCGUGAUAUUUGCAUUCUCGGUUCUCAACAUUUACCGGAAUUGAUCAACUCCCACAGGCUUAUUGCCAACAAGUUCCAUCAGGACUAUUUCCCCGAAGGAUAUGACUGUCUUGAGUACGCAAUUGCUGAUCGCGCCUACAAGGGCCCAGCAGCCGGCUUCGAUACUUCCGUUUUCGCGAACCUCUACUGCUCUUCUGACCAUAUAUAA